CUCAUUCUUAUUUUGACAAGCGACGUGUGCGGAACGCAUUACGCGCGGUGUUCAUCUGAUCAAAUUUCGUCGUUUACCUUUUCGUGCGUAGCGCGGAUCAGCCAGACUCUAGCACGGACACCACGCACACACACACACACACACACAACCAUACUUACCCACACACACACACACACACACAUGCGAUCUAACUGUGUGUCUUUAUGUGAACGUGUUCCUGUGUGUGUUUAUGUGUUAUAAUUUUUCUCUCUUUUGUUUGCGUGUCUAUGUUUGUGUGAGAGACAUUUGGUGGUAAAACGUUAACAAUUGUAGUUAAAAAAAAAAAAACAAAAAGGAAGUUCAAGUCGCAGCAGCGCAGCAACUAAAGUGCGCUGCACGCGCGCUGCAGGCAGCAGCAGCAGCAGCAGAAAUGGCUCAGUGUUGUGAGACGACAACAACAACGGCAACAAUGUCCUCACGAUUUGGCAGCACUGCCAGACAGUCGACGCUGGCGUCCGCAUUGCUAUCUAGUUCGGCUCCAACCGAUGAGGACAACCCACCCGAGCUAUCUCCCACAACAACAACAGCAGCAGCAACAGCAACAGCAGCAGCAACAGCAGCAGCAGCAACAGCAGCAAUAACAACAACAGUUGCUGCCAAAUUGUUGCCGACGCUUUAUCAAAAAUUGACGCCUGCCAAACAAGCCGCCCAAUCCUUGGCCAAAGACAACAACAAUUCCAAUUCCAUAUCCAUUGCAUCCGAUUCAGCAUCUGUUUCCAAAUCCAUAUCCAAUUCCAGUUUAACGUGCAGCUGUUGCUGUCGUGCUGAUAAUUUGCGAAUCUCUGGCGAUUUGCUGCAACAACAACAACAACAACAACAACAACUGGAGCAGCAACACGCCGCAGUUGCCGCCGCAUCCGUUGUAUUGGCCAAACAGGUGGUACGUUCCGUGACCGCCACCAGCAUCAUGGAUAUGCCCUAUAACACCUCGCCGUCGCUACGCGUGCGGACCACCUCGCUCAAUCAGCUAAAGAAGACAGCCGAUCUGGCCAUAGAGAAUGAGCUGCACGUCUGUCCAUCAAUAAUGUCCGAUGAGCUGCGCAAACUGUUGCCGCCCACAUCGGAAACGGUGAUGACCAAACCAUUUCCGAUACGGGGCGAACGCACCAUAGCCGAUUGCACAACACCGCAUGUGAUUGCCAUGGUGGGUCUGCCUGCGAGGGGUAAGACGUUUAUAUCAAAGAAGCUGGCACGUUAUCUCAAUUGGAUUGGGAUUGCGACGCGUGUCUUCAAUUUGGGUGAAUAUCGUCGGCAUGCAACAACCGCAUAUAAAUCGCACGAAUUCUUUCGUGCCGACAACGAGGAGGCAAUGGCCAUACGUAAUCGUUGCGCCAAUCAGGCCCUACACGAUUCCUGUGAAUGGCUAUUGAGCGGCCUGGGCAGCAUUGCCGUAUUCGAUGCCACAAAUUCGACGCACGAUCGUCGCCAAUUGAUCUAUGAUAUUGUUGUUAAACAGCACGGUUUUCGUUUGUUCUUUGUGGAAUCGAUAUGCGAUGAUCCGCAAAUAAUUGAACAGAAUAUACUGGAGGUUAAGGUUAGCUCACCGGACUAUAUCAAUAUGAAUACAGAGCUGGUUGUUCGCGAUUUCUUGCAACGCAUCGAACACUACGAGGAACGGUAUCAGCCGAUCGAUGAGGUCACCGAAUCCCAUCUGAGCUUCAUGAAGGUCUACAAUGCUGGCAAAAAGGUGGUUGUCUAUAAUAAUGAGGGUCAUGUCGAAUCGCGCAUCGUAUACUAUUUAAUGAAUAUACAUAUAACGCCGCGCACCAUUUAUCUGACACGUCACGGCGAAUCGGAGCACAAUUUGAGCGGCCUUAUUGGCGGCGAUUCCAAUUUGAGUGCACGUGGACAUCAGUAUGCACGGGCCUUGUCCUCGUUUAUAGCACAGCAGCAGAUUGAUGGCUUGCGCGUAUGGACAUCGUGGAUGAAGCGUGCAAUACAAACGGUGGCGGAUGUUAAGGCGCCGCAGGAACGCUGGAAGGCGCUUAACGAAAUCGAUGCCGGACACUGUGAGGAGAUGACCUAUGAACAGAUCAAGGAACGUUUUCCCGAGGAGUUUAAGGCGCGCGAUGUUAACAAGUUUGCGUAUCGUUAUCCGCGCGGCGAGAGCUAUGAGGAUCUGGUGGCACGACUCGAGCCUGUCAUUAUGGAGCUUGAACGGCAGGGCAAUGUGCUGGUCGUUUCACAUCAGGCCGUAUUGCGUUGCCUGUUCGCCUAUUUUCUGGACAAGUCCGCCGAUGAGCUGCCGUAUCUGUAUGUGCCGCUGCAUACGGUUAUUAAAUUGACGCCCGUCGCCUAUGGCUGUAAGGUGGAGCACAUUAAGCUGCCCAUCGAUGCGGUCGAUACGCAUCGACCGAAACCAAAGAUACCCGGCGAUGUUAGCCAACCGGGCAUGGAUGGUCUCAGCGGUGAGUUGGUUGCGCCCGAUGGCGUCGGCAAGGUGCUCAUUGUGGGCGAUGAUGUGGCAACGGCAACGGCAGCCUCCUCCUCCUCCUCCAACAGCAACAGCAACAGCAACGGCAACGGCGGCGCUCGUCUUGACACCCAAUGACAUUGCCAACGCCCCCACAAGCCAACCAAAUCCAAGACAUUAUAAGAGCCACAACAUCCCGUACACCCAACCCAACCGAAACCGAAACCAAUCGACGAAACCAAUCGAACCCAAGGUCCAAUUAACCCUCUAAAAUAUAAAACAUAUUGCACUCAGCACACACAGCGCUGGCGUUGUAAUGUUAACAGCAGGCUUAACAGUCGCUGUUAACACAGCACUUACAUUAACAGUGGCAGUUAACGGCAUAACCCAAUCAAAUGUGACAGUCACAUGCAACAUGCUACAGUUGCUUACAGUUAUUGCUAUUCAAUGUUACGCUAACAGGCGCUUUAACAGUUGCAGAUAACAUACAAUGUUUAUGCGCUCAGCAGCAACAGCUUAAAUGUCUGCUAAAUGGCUUUGUACUUUGUACUGUUCACAUUUUUAACAGUAACUUAAUAAUCGACAGCAGUAAAUAUUAUUAACAUUAACCAAAUGCAAACACUUUAACAGCAACUGCAGCUGCUGUAGCUUGUAAUGUUAUUCCGUAUCAUUUAACAGUGUACUUACAUGAACACGAAACAAAAGAUCCAGACUGUAACUGCUAACAUUAAUUGUUUAAAUGUUAACUGUUACAAGUAAACGGUGCUGUACUUUACAUAAUGUUGACGCCGCUCUCUUUAAGAGCUGUUAGCAACAGCAGUCGCUGACUUUUUUUUAUUCUGUCUCUGUCUCUGUCUCUCUCACUCUGUUCGUUUUAUGCCAUUUGCCUUUAGAUUUUACAACUUUUUGUUUCCAUCUCGAGAUAUAUUUUGAAAUUAAUUUUUGAAAUGUUAUUUGUGUUAAACAACUAUUUGAUUUGUUUGUGCUAAAUUGUGAUUGGAAUGACGACGCUGUUAUAUUGAUGUGUACUUUACACAAAACUUAAGAGACACAAGAACUUAAACAUAAACCGUAGCCUAGUGUGUAAGACGAUAUAUAUAUUUUUUUAAAACAUUUCUUUUUUGUGAACAUUUACUCAAACUUUUACCACUGCAUUCAUUGUUUAUCUUAUUUUGUUUCUCUCUCUCUCUCUCUCUCUCUCUCUCUCUGCUAACAAUGUAAACGCGCAGCAAUUAGAACUGAGAGAAAUCAGAUAUAUAUAUAUAUAUUUAUGAAAUUAAAUACAAUUUUAAAUGCGUAUAAUUUAUGUACGAGCGAAAUAAAUGAUGAGCGUUUUACUUUAAACGUUAGCCAACACUUGAUUCUAACUGUACUUGUCGUAAGUUUAUUUUUUUUUUUUAAAUAUAUUUUUCUAUUCGA